UUUUUUUUUACAUAUUUUUGUUCAUUAACUAAAAUUUUUACUUCUGGACAUGGAAACUACAGCUAGUGAAAAUCGAUCUGAAUCUAUCAACAGCAAGACACUGUCUCCAGAACUUGAUAGGAAUAAUAUCCACCACAGAAUUUUCGUCAAUCGUAGCCUGCAUUUGGAAAAAAUUAAAUUUUUUGGUUUUGACAUGGACUACACUUUAGCAGAGUACAAAAGUCCCGAAUAUGAAGCACUUCAAUUUGAUUUAACAAGGGACAGGCUCGUCUCCAUUGGAUAUCCUCCACAGAUUAAAUCCUUUCAAUACGAUCCAACUUUUCCAAUUAGAGGCCUAUGGUUUGAUAAAACUUACGGAACUCUUAACAAAGUAGACGCCUAUGGUAACAUAUUGGUUUGCAUUCAUGGAUUCAAGUUCUUAAAAGCAUCAGAGAUACAUAAUCUGUAUCCAGAUAAAUUCCUCCAUCUUGACGAAAGGAGAAUUUAUGUUAUGAACACACCAUUUAACCUCCCCGAGGCUUGCAUGUUGGCCUGUUUGAUUGAUUACUUCACCAACUCAUCUGAAUAUGUUUCUGGAAGAAACGGAAUUAAAGGUGGAGAUAUCUUCAUGUCUUACGCCUCAAUUUUUCAAGAUGUGAGAGAUUCCAUUGACUGGGUACAUGCGUACGGAACGCUGAAGGAGGAGACUGCUAAAAAUCCAACUACAUAUGUGGUGAAGCAUGAAAAGCUGCCUAUACUCUUUGAUAAUAUGCAUAAAGCUGGGAGGAAAUCUUUCCUCGUCACCAACAGUGAUUACGUCUACACAUCGCAGAUUUUGACCUAUUUGUUCGAUGUUCCAUCAGGAAACGGAAGAGAUUGGAAAGAAUAUUUUGACUACAUAGUCGUUGAUGCCAAAAAACCGGUCUUUUUUGGCGAGGGCACCAUGAUGCGCCAGGUCGACGUUGAAACAGGCUCUCCCAGAAUUGGUGUUCACGUUGGGCCCCUUUCUCCUGGUCAGGUAUAUUCUGGGGGCAGCUCGGAUGUUUUUAAAUCUCUUAUAAAAGCCGGAGCGAAGGGUGUGCUGUACGUAGGUGAUCACUUAUAUGGUGACAUACUGAAAUCUAAGAAAUGCCGUGGUUGGAGAACUUUCUUAUUAGUACCAGAGCUUGAAAAGGAAGUUCGGGUCUGGGGAUCAAAAAGUGAUCUGUUCCAUAAAGUUCAAGAUUUGGAUGUUCAGCUUAGCGAUACUGGCGAGGAAAUGGACUCUGCCAUAGGUCAGCUGACUCGCGAUGAGUCUUAUGGUAUCUUAGGCAGUACUUUUAGAAGUGGUUCCAGGCGGACACACUUUGCCAGUCAAGUUUGUCACUAUGCUGAUUUGUACUCUAGCACAUUUAUGAAUCUGAUGUACUAUCCAUUCAGUUUCAUGUUUAUCGCUCCUCUAAUGUUCAUGCCUCACGAAUCGACAGUACAAGAAAGGAAUACCAAAUAUCGAAAAACUUGAU